CCGACUUUGACAUUACUAGCUUGACACAAAUUUAAAAUAAUAAUAAUUUCCUUUUAGUUUCUUUGGGUGUCGGAGUCGGUGAUAGUGGGUUAACAGCAGAACGCCCCAAAAAAAAUUACUUAUCCAUAUAAGUGAUUGCUUCUAUUAUGUAGUGAUCUCAAAAAAAAAAGGAGUGGGAAUAAAAACUAUCAGUCAAAAAUGUCUACAGUACUACUUGCUGUUAUUGCUGUGAUUUUGUGUGUACUUUUUCGAAUACUCAAUGUGAAUAGUCAACCUCAUAAGCCUGUUAUAUACGGCAGAGAUAGAAACUUCAUUGAAAACAUUUUAUUCAUUGCACCGUUUCUGAAUGAACCUUACAUUCCAACAAGAUUAUGGGGAUUUAGUGGUCAUGUGCAAACCAUACUUCAUAGCCUUAUAGGUCGGGUGAGAUGCCCAUGGCCUAUUGGGGGAAGAAUUUCCUUGAUCUUGCCUGAUAAAUCUACACUCACCUACGAUCUGUAUGAACCGCUAGGAGCAGAACAUGAAGAUGACGUAACGGUGGCUAUAUGCCCGGGCAUUUGCAACACGUCGGAGAGCGUGUACAUCCGGACGUACGUGCACUACUCGCAGCGGCACGGCUACCGCUGCGCGGUGCUCAACCACAUCGGCGCGCUCAACAGCGUGCCCGUCACCGGCAAUAGAAUAUUCUCGUAUGGUCACACCGAUGACUUUAACUACAUGAUAGAGAAUUUGUUGGAGAGAUAUCCUAAUACGAAACUGAUAUUAGUCGGAUUCAGCCUCGGCGGUAAUUUGAUAACGAAGUAUCUAGGCGAAGAGAGGAAAAGACCCAAGAAUAUUAUUGGCGGUAUAUCGAUAUGCCAGGGAUACAAUGCCAUCGACACGAUGGUGUAUCUGCUUCAAUGGCAGAACUUCCGCCGGUUCUACUUGUACAUAAUGACGGACAAUUACCGCAACAUCAUCACGAGACACAAGCGCAUGCUGCUCAGCCCUGAAUUGAAGAGCCGGCACAAUCUCGAUGAAAAUAUGAUCGUGUCGGCGGGAACUCUGCCCGAUUUGGACGAGGCUUAUUCUAGAAAAGUGCACGGAUUCAAUUCGGUAACAGAGCUGUAUAAAUGGAGUUCGUCGGCCUUCUAUCUGCAUAAUAUUAAAACACCAAUGAUAUUUAUAAACGCCCGAGAUGAUCCGAUUGUACCCGAGCCACUGCUGCCUAUCAUCAGGGAAUUCGUCAGCUCGCACGACAAGGCGAUGUACCUGGAGCUGUCGCACGGCGGGCACCUCGGCUUCUACGAGGGCGGGCUGGUGUACGCCAACCCGGUGACGUGGCUGGACCGCGCGCUGGCGGCGCUGGUGGGCGGCCUGCUCAUGGCGCACCACAAGUGCGAGCCCCGCGCCCGCGCCGCCGAGCCCGAGCCCGAGCCCGACCUGCCCGACCUCCUGCCCGCCGUCUACUGCGACCCGCUCGACAAGCCCAAGCUCGAAGCGUAA